AUGCCGGUACCAGACACAGUCAAGAACUUUGUGGUUCCUGGGGUUAAUCUCAGCCUGACGGAAAUAUGGGAUGCCCUUUACGAGGUUAUGAAAGAACCUCGUGUCCAGAGAAAAAUAGUGCUGGUUAUUGUCAGCAUAGCUCUGCUUUUAGACAAUAUGUUAUACAUGGUGAUAGUUCCAAUUAUACCAGAUUACCUUCGAAGGAUUGGAGCAUGGGAAACCCAUUUAGAAGGCGGCAGCAAGAUAAAAUUUAACGAAUCAGCAAUAAUAUAUUUUUCUAAUUCCACGGGAAAUUAUUCAUUCACAGAUACACAGCUAAAAACAAAAAUUAUUAAUCAGGUCAUUGUUUAUGAAGGUGAGGACACAGCCAUAGGUGUCCUCUUUGCCUCUAAGGCUCUUAUCCAGUUGAUGAUAAACCCUUUUUCAGGUACAAUCAUUGACAGAAUUGGCUACGACAUCCCAAUGACUAUUGGCCUGAUAAUCAUGUUCUUUUCAACGGCCAUUUUUGCAUGUGGCCGAUCAUAUGGCGUACUGUUCUUUGCCAGGAGCCUCCAGGGGGUUGGAUCUGCUUUUGCAGAUACUUCAGGUUUAGCCAUGAUUGCUGACACAUAUACAGAGGAAGGAGAGAGGACAAAAGCGUUAGGUAUAGCCUUGGCUUUCAUAUCGUUUGGGUGUCUCGUUGCACCACCAUUCGGAGGGACGUUAUAUCAAUUAGCAGGAAAAGAAAUGCCUUUCUUAAUAUUAGCUUUCGUCUCGCUAUUCGAUGCAAUGAUGUUACGAUUAGUGAUGCGACCAAUUAAAGAUCAACAGCGAGAACAAGGACAUGAGCAUGUACAAGGCACACCUAUUUACAGGCUCUUUAUGGAUCCUUAUAUUCUCUGUUGUGCAGGAGCUCUAAUGAUGUCCAAUGUGUCACUAGCUUUCCUAGAGCCCACCAUAAGCGUUUGGAUGAUGGAUACUAUGCAUGUGCAGGAGUGGCAGCUGGGGAUGAUAUGGCUUCCAGCCUUCUUUCCCCAUGUUGCUGGUGUCGUCCUUACUGUUAAGUUAUCAAGAAAGUAUCCUAACUAUCAAUGGAUGAUGGCUGCAGGUGGUCUGGCAUUAGAAGGCAUAAGUUGCUUCUUCUUACCUUUUGCUGCAAAUUACUGGGUUGUGAUGAUGCCUAUAUCUGUUAUAUGCUUUGGUAUAGCUCUUAUAGACACAGCCCUACUCCCGACUCUUGGAUACUUAGUAGACACUCGAUAUGUAAGUGUUUAUGGAUCUAUAUAUGCCAUAGCAGAUAUUUCUUAUUCCUUUGCAUACGCUUUUGGCCCCAUGAUUGCCGGAAGUGUUGUAGCUGGAAUAGGAUUUGUGGCUUUGAACAUUGGCAUAGCACUGUCUAAUCUUCUGUACUGUCCACUGUUAUAUUCCCUACGGCAUGUGUAUGACUACAAACCAUUUGAAGAAGAAGGACAAGAACAACUUAACAUGGGAGAUCCUCCAGGUGGCAAAUUCCAAACUUACACCAUGCAGGAAGGCCAACACGUUCCAGGUGAGGACCAAAAUCACCUGGAAUAUGCCAAGCUUUCCAAAGACGGUACUCAGGGGAACUAUGGAACAUAUGAGUCCAUGGAAAUGCAAGUGACUGAUUAUAAUAACCAAGGGGCUAAUGGACACGUAGCUGGUCAGCCAGCCAACCAGCGGCCGGUAGACAACAACCCCUUUAGACAACAGCAAAAUAUGCAACAAGGCGGUAGUUUUCAUUAUGACCAGUAA